AUGGCGGGGAGGUUGCACGCGAUUUUGCUCCUUGCUUUACACUUGAGUGUUGUCGGGGGUAUCCUUAUCAUAGAGAACAAAUGCGAUCAGACAGUUUGGUCUGUUGUCUUCUCAUGGGAAUCACAGAUCUCCAACACUGGAUUCACUCUCAGAAGAGGGGAGUCCCGUGCCCUACAGGCACCAUCUUCAUGGUACGGUAUCAUCUCCGGUAGGACCCUCUGCUCAAACGAGUCAAGAGGAAACUUCUCGUUCGCAACCGGAGACUGCGAAUCCAACAAAAUCGAAUGUCCCGGUUCAUAUGGUUGGUCUACGGUGACUUAUAUCUACUUUAGAAUUGAUUACAGCGGAACCAACAGCUACUUCAUCAGUCUUGAGUACGGUUACAACCUUCCCGUGAUGGUUGUCCCAUCACAUAGUAACCCGACAUGUUUCAGCUCAGGUUGUAUGGUUGGCUUGAACAAGACGUGUCCAAAUAAGCUCAUGAUAUACGACGGGAUAAUACCAAUCGCUUGUAGUAGCGCCUGCAAAGAAUCGAGUACACAUGAAAACUGUUGCACCAAUUACUUCGGUUCAAGGCAAACUUGCAAGGCGACCCUGUACUCUCAGAACUUCGAGCGAGCUUGUCCACUCGCCUAUAGUUACCCUUACAGCGAUAGUAACAGCACCUUCACAUGCCCGAACACGACUAACUACGUCAUCACGUUUUGCCCCUCUUCUAUUCCCAAUACCACGAGGUCAGUUCAGUUCCCGUAAAUACUAUUUUCUCAUUUCUUCGUAUUUCUAUUUUUGCUGGGGACGGGUGACUUUUGUCACAUAUCAAAUUGUUUCAUGUUUCAUGUUUCAUUUGUUUUCUUCUAUCACUAUCAGUUGUGGAAAUUGAAAAAUAAACCCUAGUGAAUCCGCCCUCACUAAAAACCAAGAAAAGAAACAUAAAAACAAAGAACCGUCCCCACCAAGGCACCAAAUACAGUCGCAAGUGGAAAUUGUGCGGUGUGCAAGCAUUAAUUUGUUUCUCCAACAAUUUUUCCAC